UGGGUCUCAAGUGCCGCUUGAUUCAGUUGUCGGCUCUGCUGUGUUUGGUGGCGGUCCGGGUUCUGUUGUUUGUGGUGAAUUCCCUCCGCUCCGGUCCUGAUGUAUCCCCGCUGCUGCCUUCCGAGCCUACUGCUCGGCUGCCUGAUGCUGCUGACCCUGUGCUUAGGAGCCGUCGCCUCGGCCCAGGGAGAGCAGGAGCAGGGGAAUGAGACUACCACCCAGAGAAGUGGGCAAAUCCGCAACAAGAGCAUUAAGGCCUUCCCGGUGGUGACCAUCGACUUCCCUCCUGUCAGGCCCCCGUUCGUUGUGGCGUUGUGGAUCCUGCUGGCCUCAGUCCUGAAACUGGGUUUUCAUUUCCUCCCAAAGCUGUCUACGAUUGUCCCAGAGAGCUGCCUGCUGGUGUGUGUGGGUCUGAUAGUGGGGGGUCUGCUAAAGACUGUGGGAGAAACCCCGCCCAUCUUGAAGGCAGAUGUAUUCUUUUUUUAUCUCCUGCCACCCAUCAUUCUGGAUGCCGGUUACUUCUUGCCCAUUCGGCCUUUCACCGAGAACCUGGGAACCAUCCUGAGCUUUGCUGUGAUUGGGACGCUGUGGAAUGCAGCCUUCGUCGGGCUACUGCUGUAUGCAGUAUGCCAGAUCAAAGGGUCCGGACUGGAACACAUCAGCCUGCUGCCUAAUCUGCUGUUUGGCAGUAUUAUCUCUGCUGUGGAUCCUGUGGCGGUGCUGGCUGUCUUUGAAGAGAUUCAUAUUAAUGAGUUGUUACAUAUCCUGGUGUUUGGAGAGUCUCUGCUCAAUGACGCAGUUACUGUGGUGCUCUAUCAUCUCCUCGAGGAAUACUUUCAUACUCCAGUAAUCGGCGCAAAGGAAGUGAUUCUGGGAAUCCUGUCUUUCUUUGUGGUGGCCGUUGGAGGUGUCUUGGUCGGGGUUUUCUUUGGACUUAUCGCUGCCUUCACCUCCCGGUUUACAUCGCGUAUUCGUGUUAUCGAACCUCUCUUCGUUUUUCUCUACAGCUACAUGGCAUACUUGUGUUCAGAGAUCUUCCAUCUCUCAGGAAUCAUGGCCCUCAUUGCCUGUGGAGCGGUCAUGCGUCCUUAUGUGGAGGCAAACAUCUCUCAUAAGUCUCACACUACCAUCAAAUAUUUCCUGAAGAUGUGGAGCAGCGUGAGUGAGACUCUCAUCUUCAUCUUCUUGGGUGUGUCCACACUCGCUGGAGAGCACCAUUGGGACUGGACCUUCAUCAGUUGCACCCUGAUGUUCUGCUUGGUUGGUCGUGUCCUAGGCGUUCUGGGUCUCACUUUAAUACUUAACAGAUUUCGCAUUGUGAAACUCACCCCCAAGGAUCAAUUUAUAAUCUCGUAUGGGGGGCUGCGUGGAGCCAUCGCAUUCUCACUCGGCUAUCUACUGAGUGACUCCUUCCCUCGAACCUUGUUCCUCACUGCCAUAAUCACUGUCAUAUUCUUCACCGUCUUUGUUCAGGGUAUGACUAUUCGACCAUUGGUGGAAUUGCUCGCUGUGAAGAAGAAACAAGAAUCCAAACGUUCCAUCAAUGAGGAAAUCCACACACAAUUCCUGGAUCAUUUACUGACUGGUAUCGAAGAUGUAUGUGGACACUAUGGACAUCACCACUGGAAGGACAAGUUGAACCGGUUCAAUAAGAAAUACGUUAAGAAAUGUUUAAUUACUAGGGAAAGAUCAAAAGAGCCACAGCUUAUCGCAUUUUACCACAAAAUGGAGAUGAGAAAUGCGAUUGAGAUGGUAGCAAGUGGUGGCCUACCCAAGUUUCCAUCAUCAGUGUCUAUACAGACUGUCCAGAGGAGGGGUACACUUACGGAGCGACUACUGCCUACACUUUCAAAAGAGAGAGAGGAGGAAGUCCGAAAAAUACUUCGUGAGAAUCUUCAGAAAACGAGACAACGGCUUCGAUCCUACAAUAGACAUACACUGAUUGCUGAUCCAUAUGAGGACCAGUGGAAUCAAAUGUUACUAAAACGGCAGAGGCUGCGCAGUUUUGAUCCACGGAUGUCUGUUCACCUGACAGUUCCAUCUGUUGCUCGGGGCUCGAUACCAGAGCGGAAAUCAGGAGCUGAGUCAGAUGCCAUGUAUUUCGAGCCCAGGGAUCCUGCAAGCAACAUGCCAAUGAUCACCGUUGACCUGGCCUCCAAGGAAUCUCUUGUGACUCAGAACAAAGAUGCAGUGCAUGGGGAGGACAAAGGAAUUGUAUUCACUGCAGAAACUCCUGUCAAUGACGCAAGUGGUUCACCCAGUCAGCGUAUGCACCGCUUUCUUAGUGACCCUGGACCAGAUAACGAGCCUGAUGACCAUCUCCAGUCAUAGAGCCGACCGAGACAGAGGAAGCUGCAAAAUCUCCAGCUUCUGCCAGCAUUAUUCAGUACCCCAAUGAUGACCUACAGCCUGUCCCUCAAAGUGUGUUUCUGGGGAUAAGAUUGUUUCUGUUAUGUUCUGACGUCUCACGGAACAAUAUAGGUACAGAGCUUACAAUGGAGAGUAGGUACACAGAAAAAGAAACUAUCUACAGUAAGGCAGCUGAAAUUCUCUGUUUGAUUUUAAUAUGUUUUUGCAAGAAGCACAAUGCUGCCUUGUCUCAUUUGCAUUGCCUGGACUACACUGCCUACAGUGUCUCCUACAGCGAGACACUCUGGGCGGUGGUGUUUGCUAAGUAUUAGCUCCAGGCUCAACUCCCUGGUAAACGCAACAAUACUAUCAUGUCCUAGAGCUAGGAACCACACAGAACAACGACACUUGGAGAAACAGGCUGUGAUUGAGAAGUCAGGGCAGCACAAGCACUCAAUAUGUGACUCAAAACCAAAGAUGAACUUUAUUUUUCUAGUUGUUAUCAGGGGCUGUUUUUCAUCAGGUUGUAAUUAAGUGACUCCAUUUUGUGUUAUAUUUCCAAAUGUAAUCGAAAGAAAAUCACUGCUGUAUGUCCAGAGACCCUUUUACUGUACAGAAACUGUCUGACCAAUGACAGCAUUUCGAACCCUCAGAUUGCACUAAAAUUCAGAGUGGCAACAAGGACCAAACACAAUGGUUCCCCCAGCCAAGCCUCAGUCAAACCGGCUCCCCCAGCCGAGCCUCGGUUGAAUCGGUUCCUCCGGCCGAGGCCCGGAGUGGCUCCCCACCAGUUCAUUGCCAGUCAAAGCUGUUCUGCCAGCCAAAUUAUGCAACCACUAUUUCAAAUAUUGAAAUUGAAGGAGUGCAGAGGAGGGGCUGUGGGACAGAGCGCAAAGGAGGAGGCAGUGUGACAGAGGCCAAUGACGCUGAGUCAGUAAUUAAGAAAAUUGCUUAGGUCACUUUUGUAAAUGAUAUUAUAUGAGCUUGAAAUACAGCCGCAGCACUAACGCCAGCAUAUCACAUUCGUACAGGUCAGAGUAAGGGUCAGUAGCCUUAGUGUAUGAAUUUUCUAUGUUUUGUCACCUUGUUUCACUGCUACAAACAGGAUAUCUGUGCGGGCCAGUGGUCAGUGAGAGAAGCAAGUUCACAGGGAUGUUGGGUGUGUGCUGGUGUUGUCAAAUGAUUUGCUGCUAUUACUAAUUGCCUUUCAGAAAAUUAACUGAUUCAUUUUUGCACUUUCUGCUCAAAAUAACUUGCUUAAGUAAGUCAUAGCACUCGAAAGAAAAUGUGAUUGAAUGUGUUAUGUGCUUCAUGGUGUUUGGAGUAUGUUGCGAGUCACUACAAUGCUGCAAUAUCGAUUGGUGUUUUUUUUAUGUUUUUCAGACGUUUUUAUAUUCGUUGGAAGUGGUUAGGGGUAUUUGAUUAAUUCUCAUUUUUGCAGUUGAGAGCAUGGAGCAUUGUUCCCAUGUAACGCCUGGGAAUGCAGCAAGUGCAGGCCAGAGCUGAGCCGCUAUGACUGUUCAGUUUGUCCAGGUGGGUGUAGACAGCUCUGAUGUGAUGCCUCAUUCAAUGUUUUCUCCCCCAUCUCAAUUGGAUCAAGUUCUAAAGGAAGAGGUGAGGCAGAAUGAAAUCACAAUUACUGCAGCGACCUGUUCACAUUGAAUAAACAGUGGACUGAAUGGUUGUAGUUAUGCAACAGUUUGGAGCAGAACAGCUCCAUAUUACCAGCUACUUUCUCAAAUGUGAUUCAGCUGACUUUAGCCAGCAACACGCAAUCAAACAUUGGUGUUGUGCAUUUAUUGGAGGUGCUGAAAUUGAAUUGUCUGCCAAAAUUUGACUCAUUAUGUUCCUUCACCCACAUGCAGCAAUUUCUGCAACACCUAAUUGUGAAACACCCUUUCCUCUUAUCUUUCAUUCCCAGCCCGUUUAGUGCAGAUGGCGUCCUCAUACCAAUCUACUGCAAAUCUCAUUAUUUUUAAUAAUGUGUAUAUGAACUGAGUAAAGUAUUAUUAAUAAAAUUAUAUGAAAUAUUUCA